UCUCUUGUUUAUGAAGAAACCCAGAAUCAAAUUAGUAUUAACCAGAUUUUGUCAGCUUUUAGUACGUCUGUCAGGCACAGAUAGGACUGCUUCAGUGCGGGAGCCUCUGUCCUAUAUCCAUUCUAAACCUGUGUCCCUAACAUUGACCAGAGUAGGUUGCUACUUCAAGUGACAAUUAUUUCACCUCAUUUCUCUCAAGGUUAUUUUUUUUUUCUCCGUUUUUUCUUUGGUGAAAGGAUUUUGUUGGUUUUUUUUUUCUGUUAAUGUGGAGAAUGUUACUCUCUCCGCUUCAUUUUGCUCUCUUUUAUCAUGUGAUUUUCAAAAUCACCUUUUUGAAUUUUCAGUGCUAUUUUAAGCUUCUUUUACGUUUAGCACAUAUUGCCUUUGCAGUUAGUGAAUUUUUACCCGGUGUAUAGAUCUAUUUUAACUUCACUGCUUUUACACUUGAGUUAGUAGUGCGCUUGCAGUCUCCUCCCUCCUGCAAAGAAACUAGAAGAAAUCUUGGCGGUAAGACGUCGCGCCGCCGCGUUUGACAACGGCUCGGCGGGCUCGUCCCGUACCUGGCAGCUCUGGCCUGGCCGCCCGCCCCGGCUGGGCUGGGCUGGGCUGGGCUGGGCUGGGCUGGGCUGGGGGACCGCUCGCCCCGCGCAGCCCUGGCCGCCCUCGGCAGGUGGCCCCGGCGCCCCACGGCUGCGCUGGGACCCGCUGGCUGAGGACGGGAGCGCGGGGAGCGGCGCUGCCCCGGUGGCGGGGUCCCGGGCGGCGCGGCCGGGCUGGACGCUGCGGCGCUGCCCCAGUGAGCUGCCGGGAACAGGCCCGGGGGUCCCCGCGGGAGGGGUGCGGAGGAGCAGGAGGGCAGGUCCUUGUGGGGCGGGGUGAGGCAGGGAGGGAUGGCGGGAGAGGUGGGCGCAGGGGCCGGGGCGAGGAGAGGGAGUGUACCCGGAGGAGAGGGCGUGCAGGGUUUGCUGAGACCUUUUUUGUCCGCACUUAGGGAAGGUACUGCCUUUCCCGAGCAGCUUCUCCCGGCGGGGCAGUGUCGUCUGCCCCUGCAACUCUGGUGCCUCCUCUCUUCCCCCCCGGAGAAGCGACGGGCAGAGCAAAGAUGCUGUGCCUCCCAGUAGCCUUCCAGUUGCUGCUGGUGCUGGUGCUGUGCAGCCAGGGCACAGAGAGGUGUCCUUCAGCCUUCUGCGAGUGUUCUGACUGGGAUGACCACAAAAUCACUUGCAGGGACAUCCACUUCAUUCCCAACCUUCCGGAGGACACCCAGACCCUGAGGUUUAUGGAGACUCAUCUAAGAACAAUUCCAAGUGACGCUUUUUCCAAUCUCCCCAACAUCUCUAGGAUCUACAUCUCCAUAGAUGAAACACUUCAGAGUCUGGAGGCCCAUUCCUUCAACAGUUUAAGUAAAGUCACUCAUAUUGAAAUUCGAAAUCUUAGAAACUUGGAUUACAUAGAUCCAGAUGCCUUUAAGAAUCUCCCACUUUUGAAAUACCUUGGUAUUUUUAAUACUGGACUCAAAACUUUUCCAGACCUCACAAAAAUCUACUCAUCUGAUGUGAACUUUUUACUUGAAAUUGCAGACAAUCCUUUCAUGACCUCAGUGCCUGCAAAUGCUUUCCAUGGGAUCUGUAAUGAAUCUUUAACUCUCAAACUCUACAACAAUGGUUUUACCAGCAUCCAAGGCCAUGCUUUUAAUGGGACAAAUCUGGAUGCUAUCUAUCUGCACAAGAACAAAUACCUGGAAGUUAUCAAUGACGAUGCAUUUCUAGGAGUCUACAGUGGACCAACUCUACUGGAUGUCUCCAGAACAGCUGUUGCCAACCUUCCAGCCAAAGGACUGGAAAGCCUUAAAGAACUAAUGGCCAAAAAUACAUGGACUUUAAAGAAAUUACCAGCUGUAAAGAUAUUUCUUCAGCUAAUGCGAGCUGAUCUAUCAUAUCCAAGUCACUGCUGUGCUUUCAAGAGCUGGAAAAAAACCAGCGGAAUCCUGGAGUACCUGAUAUGUAACCAGAGCAGCAGUCACAGCUUUCGUAAGAGACGAUCAGUCAAAGUUCUGAGAGAUCCGUUUUACAAAGAUUUUGCAGAAGAAUACACAGACCACACCGAUAGCGCGUAUAACGAAAACACCAAGUUCACAAAUUUUCAUGAAAAUUCCCAUUAUUAUUUUUUUUUGGAAGACCAUGGAGAAGGAAAUCUUGGGUUUGGCCAAGAGCUCAAGAACCCUCAAAUGGAAGACGUCCAGACCUUUGACAGUCAUUAUGACUAUCCUGUCUGCGAAGACAAUGAAGAUGUAAUAUGCACUCCAGAGCCUGAUGAGUUUAAUCCCUGUGAGGAUAUAAUGGGAUACCAAUUUCUGAGGAUUGUGGUGUGGUUUGUGAACCUGCUGGCCAUCCUAGGUAACAUUUUUGUCCUUUUCAUCCUUCUCACCAGCCAUUAUAAACUGACUGUACCACGCUUUCUGAUGUGUAACUUGGCCUUUGCCGAUUUUUGCAUGGGAUUAUAUCUCCUCCUGAUUGCUUCAGUGGAUCUCUACACCAGGUCAGAGUACUAUAACCACGCUAUAGACUGGCAGACUGGGCCUGGUUGCAACACAGCUGGCUUUUUCACAGUCUUUGCUAGUGAACUUUCUGUAUAUACCCUGACUGUGAUCACCCUGGAGCGCUGGUACGCUGUCACCUUUGCUAUGCGCCCGGAUCGGAAGAUUCGCCUCCGACAUGCCCUGGUGAUCAUGCUGGGUGGGUGGCUCUCCUGCUUUCUUCUUGCCCUUUUGCCUCUGGUUGGCAUCAGCAGCUACAGCAAAGUCAGCAUCUGCUUGCCUAUGGACACUGAAACACCAGUGGCAGAAGCCUAUGUUGUCUUCAUUUUAAUAUGUAACAUUAUUGCUUUUGUCAUCAUUUGUGCCUGCUAUGUAAAAAUCUAUGUAACUGUGCGAAACCCUCAGUACAAGUCAGGGGACAAAGACACCAAAAUCGCCAAGCGAAUGGCUGUGCUGAUUUUCACUGACUUUCUGUGCAUGGCUCCCAUAUCUUUCCAUGCUUUGUCUGCCAUUAUGAACAAACCACUGAUAACUGUCUCCAAUUCCAAGAUUUUGCUGGUUCUCUUCUACCCACUCAAUUCUUGUGCCAACCCCUUUCUUUAUGCUAUUUUCACCAAAGCUUUCCGAAGAGAUGUGUUUAUUCUGCUAAGCAAGUUUGGUAUAUGCAAACAUCAGGCUCAAGUCUACAGAGGUCAGACAAUCUCAGCCAAAAACAACAGCGGCUCUUACGGGCAGAGAAUCAGCCGAGGGAUAGGUCAGAUUCUUACAAGCAUUCAAGACCCAGUCAAUGAUUACCUUCCUGCUGUGGCAAGGCAGAACCAAAUUCUCUUGGAAGAAUGCAAGCAAACUGAGCUAUGACACUACAAAGUACCACAGCCACAGUCUGGUCAAGAGGUUGUUAUGCAUACUGUGAACCGAGUGAGAAGACAGCGUAUUCUCCAUAUCCUAUUCCCCUAGCCUAUCCUGUGUGAUGUCUCAAAGUACCUUCAGAGUGGUCUACUUUUAGACAAGUCACUCAUUUGAACCUCUUGUGUCACACUCUUAAUAGCGCAGGUCAAAAGACACUGUUCUGGUGAUAAUACUGGAAGUAGAUGUGAACGCUCUAAAUAGGAAAUGUAACAGAUAUCAAAUCAGCAAAUAUGACAUAUACCCUCAUCUAAAAAAUUUAAGGCAGCAGGAGAGCAAGUAUAAAACUUAGGGGUACUUGUAUGACUAAAAAAAGGACAUAAAGUUUUAUAAUUAAAAUGAGAUUUAAAAGGGAAAAAAAAGGUUCAAGUUUUCAAAUGCCAACUGCCAAUGUGUCAAGAGGUUCAAUUAGUUUUGUAAUAGCAAAUUUCUAAAACUUCCACCAGGGCCUAAAAUGGAACAGAUUCCUUCCGCCUCUGCCACACUGACAUAAAACGAAGCUAGUCUUCUGUUUGCAGUUCUCAGUUUAGUUGUAUGAGGUAAGAAAAGAAACCUCUUCAUAUUGCCUUUAUAGUGGUGAAACGCAGAUGUCAUUGAUUUUGAGUGUGUUUAUAACAGGUAAUAAACAUUAGUGCAUUUGUCUUUCUGCGCUGCAGAAAUUCCCUUAUUAUCACUCUCUCACUUUUUGAUAAACCUACUGGUUUAAGUUGAAUUUGUUUUGAAGACUAACCUACCCAGUCAAGUUAAUGACGUUUUGUAUUUUUUGGUGGCUGAAACUUAAGAUGGUGCUAAAUUUUCUCGCAAUUAUCCGUUCCCUAUCUGUCUCCAGUCCUGUUUAAUCUGAGCAUGUUUAUUGGAACACCCUGUAACUGCUGCUUUCUCAUCACGAGUGCUAUCCCAACUUACCCCUCUCUCACAGGGCUAGAGUGUCUUUCCUUCUAGCAUGUGCUAUGCUGAGCUGCCUCAAAUCUACACUUGGACAAAGGGAGUGGAUAAUACCUUCAGGUUACUUUGUGGCCUUCAGUCACUGCAUUGAAGGCUAAUUGCUGGCUCCUCCAAGACGUUUUAGGAACAUCUCUCCAUGUUGCAGUGAAAUCUGUUACCUGGGCACCAGUACUGGGUCUAGUCUUGUUUAACAUGUUCAUUAAUGACCUGGAUGAAGACACUGAGUGCACCCUCAGCAAGUUUGCUGAUGAUAAACUGGAAGGAAGGGCUGACACACCACAAGGCUGUGCUGCCAUCCAGUGAGAACUGGACAGGCUGGAGGACUGGGCAGAGAAGAUGAAAUUCAACAAGGGCAAGUGUAGAGUCCUGUACCUGGGGAGGAAUAACCUCAGGCACCAGUACAGGUUAGGGGUGGACCUGCUGGAAAGCAGCAUGGCAGAGGAGGACUUGGGAGUUCUGGUCAACAAUAGGUUGACCAUGAGCCAACGAUGUGCCCUUGUGGCCAAGAUCAAUGGUAUCCUGGGGUGCAUUAAGAGUGUGACCAGCAGGUCAAGGGAGGUUCUCCUCCCCCUCUACUCUGCCCUGGUGAGGCUGCAUCUGGAGUCCUGUGUUCAGUUCUGGGCUCCCCGGUUUGAGAAGGACAAGGAAUUACUGGAGGGAGUCCAUCAGUGGGUUACGAAGAUGAUCCACGGUCCUAAAGCAUCUUUCUUAUAAGGAAAGACUGAGAGAGCUGGGUCUGUUCAGCUUGAAGAGAAAGCUGGGAGGCAAUCUCAUCAAUGUUUAUAAGUAUCUCAAGGGUGGGUGUCAAGAGGACGGGACCAGACUCCUUUCAGUGGUGCCCAACAAUAGGAUGAAGGGCAACAGGCACAGACUGAAGCAUAGGAGGUUCCAUCUGAGUAUGAGAAGAAACUACUGUGAGGGCGACAGAACACUAGAAGAGGCUGCCCAGAGAGGUUGUGGAAUCUCUUUCUCUGGAGACAUUCAAAACUCACCUGGACACAUUCCCAUGUGAUCUGCUUUAGGUGAACCUGCUUUAGCAGGUGGGUUGGCCUAAAUGUCUCCAGAGGUCCCUUCCAGUCCCAACCAUUCUGUGCAUUACAGAUUAAUUUAUCUGCUUAUUUUGGGGAGGGCCAUGCUUCCCUUUUGGGUUGAUUCUCAGCAAAUUCUGAAAGCAAAACGGGUGAAAACAAUGCAAAUAAUAAUUUAUGACCUCCUCUUCUGUGAUGUGGACUCACCCAGUGUUGAUCAGCUUCCGAAGUGUGCAGAUCAGUGACAUUUCCUGCUCUUGAAACAGCUGCUUUUGGAACGCCCUGGCCACAACCGAGACUCGCACACAAAAUGUGUCAUGUUGAGAUGCAACCCCUGCCCCUGGGCUCUGUCACCACUCUGAUACUGGGAUAAUCAUUAAAGGGAGAAGGAAUUUCUUCAGACCGUUUAUUUAGUAUCACAGCAGCACCUAAGACAAUCAAGUUCUAAUGGACAAACUGUACAUUUAUGCUACAAGACUUCAUAGAUACUAGUGCAUCCGUGAAAAAGAAAAUCCAAGCGUGAAUCAUAUUCUUUUUUCAGAAAGAGAGGAAAGACUACAUCAACAUUUAUUUUAAAAGCAGCACAGAUCACUUAUUUCAAACCUCUUCUUACCUUAAAGCAAACUAGAAUAUUUGUUGCAUGGAAAGAUGCAGUAUGUUGGACUGUUGGACUGUUUGCAGUAUGCUUUUGAAUUAAUACAGCUGUUUGCUGUUACUAAUGGAUCAUGGAUAUAUUUACACAUUAGUGAACUUUGUCUCCCAUCAUCACAUAUAUUUUUGUCUAUUAAAAUAUUUCUGUGAUAUUGCCUUUUUGAACAAAGUUUGAUAUUUCUGGUUUAUGUCUUGCAUAUUCCUUCUUGUGUUUAACUUGGUAAAAAGUAUUUUAAAAGCUAUUGGAAAGAUCCAGACAAUAGACUUAAAAUAAUUUAUUUGCUAGACUUCUUCUUGUAAAUGUUUGUAUCCUAUAGAUACUCUCUUCCAUUUCUGCUCUGGUAGUCCCUUCAGCUAUUUUAGGUGUUGCAUGUAACCUUACCUAAUACUUGCUAUUUUAAAUCUUAGAUGUAUUAUUUCUGGAAUUCAGUACAUGUUUGCUCUAGGAUACUUGAAAAAUAAUGCAGAGCGUUAGAAUAAAAUGUUUUGUUUGAAACUGUAA